GUGGUAUAUUAGCCAGUCAAGCUCGAUCGGUCCUUGAAGACGGUCUGAAGGGACUAUCUAUUCUAGUGCCGAUUUGUUUACUUGUAACUGCGAAAGUGUGUCGAUUUCAGUGUUGAAGCAGAACGGUCAGAACCACUGCGAGGCGAAUAUUCCUGUGUUCUGGGUACUGUCGCUGGUGAACUUUGAACUGCCGCGCGCACAAUGAAGUGUUUGGUGAUAGUGAUACUGUCGCUUCUGGCCGGCGGCGUGCAAAGUAGGCCUGGAGCGCAUAGUGGGAGCGGUUUGCUAGUGGAACGACACGAUUUCGACAAUGUUCGGAAGGAUAGCAGCUGUGGUUAUCAGUCAUGCCCGAUUCCGAAGCGUGGUAUGACCAACGUGCAUCUGGUCCCGCACUCCCACGAUGACGUCGGAUGGCUCAAGACGGUAGAUCAGUACUACUACGGUAGUAAAACGAACUACCAGCGGGCCGGUGUCCAGUACAUCCUGGACUCGGUGAUCGAAGCUUUACUGCACAACCCAGAGCGCAAGUUUAUCUACGUCGAGUCGGCAUUUUUCUUCAAAUGGUGGGACGAGCAGACGGUGGAGUUACAGGAUGCGGUCAAGGAACUGGUCGAACAGGGACGGCUGCAGUUUGUUGGUGGAGCGUGGAGCAUGAACGAUGAGGCAGCUUCGCACUACCAGAGCCUGAUCGAUCAGUUUACGUGGGGACUGCGGAUGUUGAAUGAUACGUUCGGGGAAUGCGGACGACCUCUUACCGGAUGGCAGAUUGAUCCGUUUGGACAUUCCAGGGAACAGGCUUCGCUGUUCGCCCAGAUGGGCUAUGAUGGAAUGUUCUUCGCACGACUGGACUGGAACGAUAAAUCGAAGCGAUUGUCGAACAAGGAAGCGGAGAUGAUUUGGAAAGCAAGUAAAAAUCUUGACGAGAGCGAUCUGUUCACAUCGGUGCUUUACAAUCACUAUAGUGCCCCACCUGGGUUCUGCUUCGAUGUGCUGUGUUCGGAUGAUCCUUUCGUAGAUGGACCCUUCAGCGCAGAAAACAACGUUAAGGAAAGGGUUGAUGCCUUCCUGUACUUCGUAGGGAACAUGUCGACAAAAUACCGCUCCAACAACUUACUCAUAACCAUGGGAGACGAUUUUAACUACAUGGAUGCUAACAUGAACUUUAAAAAUAUGGACAAACUUAUCAAAUACACCAACGCCCGCCAAUCACAGGAAUCGAAGGUCAAUGUGUUCUACUCGACCCCAAGCUGCUAUCUGAAAGCACUUCACGAUGCUGAGCUCACCUGGCCAGCGAAAACCGAUGACUUCUUCCCGUACGCAUCCGACCCGCAUGCUUACUGGACCGGGUACUUUACAUCUCGACCGACUUCGAAACGUUACGAACGAAUCGGAAAUCACUUUCUGCAGGUGUGCAAGCAACUGACUGCCAUUGCUCUUUCAUCGACAGAUGAGUCCUACCAGGAAAAUCUGGCUCAUUUGAGAGAAGUUAUUGGAGUCAUGCAGCACCACGACGCGAUCACCGGUACCGAAAAGCAACAUGUGGCCGACGAUUACGCCAGAAUGAUUCACAAAGCAAUUGACGAGUGUGGCGAAAACACAGAUGUCGCGUUGAAUAGUCUAGCAAGCCGAACCAAUCGAAUGGAGUUAAAAUUCGAGUCUUGCCACCAACUAAAUAUUAGCUUGUGUGACAUAACCGAAACCAAACAAUCUUUUAUCGUCACCCUGUACAAUCCUCUAGCCCAUGCAAGUUACCAAUAUGUACGAUUACCGGUGAACGGCUACAAUUACAAGGUUAGAGACUCCGUUGGAACCGAGUUACCCAUCCAGAUAAUCUCAGUUACGAAACCAGUUACUGAGCUAGUUUCCCGAGUAAGCACAGCCACCGAAGAGUUAAUCUACCUGGCCGAUGAAAUACCACCGAUGGGCUAUAAAUCUUUCUACGUAACAGAAAUCCACGAAAAGAACAGAAAAACCGAACCUCAGCCCAAACAGCAAACAACCAGCAUCGGAAAUGAAUAUUUAACCCUCACCUUCAACGACAAUGGUUUACUGAGCACGAUCAACAUCGACGGACGGGGAUACAAUUUGCAGCAGGAUUUCCUGUUCUACGAGGGAGCUUACGGUAACAACGAAGUUUUUGAGAAUCGAUCCUCUGGGGCAUACAUCUUACGGCCGAAUGGAACCGUAACCAACAUUGGAGCUUCCCCGCAGAUUCGGGUUGUCCUCGGUGAUCACGUUCAGGAGGUACAUCAGAUUUUCAACCAGUGGGUCAGUCAGGUGAUCCGAGUUUACAAGCAUGAAAAGCACGUGGAGUUCGAAUGGAUGGUUGGACCGAUUCCGAUUGAGGAUGGGAAGGGAAAGGAAAUUGUUACUCGCUACUAUUCGGAUAUUCAAUCCGCUGGAACGUUCUGGACGGACUCGAACGGUCGGGAAAUGAUCAAAAGAAUUCGUAACCAUCGGGAAACUUGGGAUCUUGAGUUGGCGGAACCGGUGGCUGGAAAUUAUUAUCCGGUAACGGCGAAGAUCGCACUGGAAGAUGAUCAGCUUAGGAUGGCGGUUUUGAAUGAUAGAGCUCAGGGGGGUACUAGCUUGCAGGAUGGAGUUCUAGAGUUGAUGGUUCAUCGUAGACUGCUGAGGGAUGAUGCGUUCGGUGUUGGCGAAGCACUGAAUGAAACGGCUUAUGGUGCUGGGUUGAUCGCCCGUGGAAAGCAUUAUCUGUUGUUUGGUCCAAAAACUUCACAGCAAGGAGUAUCGCUGCAGGCCAGCGAACGUUUCCUACAGAAUCAAGUUCUUACUCCACCCUGGUUAUUCGUGAGUGAUGCAACCGGUCUUUCUUUCGAAGCGUGGCAGACUUCAUUCAACAGUGCCUUCACCCCACUGUCCGGAUCAAUGCCAGCGAACGUGAACCUGCUUACGUUCGAACCGUGGAAGGGAUCCAACAGUUUCCUGAUACGAUUCGAGCACUUGCUUGAAAAAGAUGAAGAUCCCCGUUACUCACAGCCAGUGACCAUCGACCUACAGAGUGUCUUCUCGAAGUUCAGAAUCGUGAGCGCCCGUGAGACUACCCUAGCUGGGAACCAAUGGAAAGAAGACAGCAGCCGUUUGAAAUUCUUCUUUGAUGCAGUGCCGAUUACUCAGGAGACAAAGGUGACCAAGGCGGAGGAAGCUGGAUUGGAGUUCACGCUAAAUCCAAUGGAGAUUAAAACUUUUGUUUUGGAAAUGGAAAUGGUUUUCUGAACUGUAAAAGUAUUAUAUUUGUACUUACCAGGUAGUUCAAUGCAGUUAUAAAAUUUGUAUGAUGGAGAGUUUGAAUGAAUAAACUACCCA